UGCAUCCCCUGCGCCAUUCUUUUUCUCCUCUUCCUUCUCUUCUUCACUUUCCUCACAUUCAUUGGCAGGUCAUCAUCGUAUUCCUUUCUCCAUAUCAUUCUCAUCCACGUGCAAAGUGCAUUGUGAACAGCAUUAAGAGCUCAUUGUCACACACACAUUGCAUUUUAUAUUUUUUCUUUUAAGUUUCAUUGACCAGGCGAGCUUUGGCUUCACAUUUUCAAUAUACUUUUUCUAAUUCAAUCCUUUUGUCUCAUCCGUACAUCAUUUAAUCAUUGACAACAUUAAUUGCCCACAUAUAAAAGAAAAAGAAAAGUCUCAAGAAUAAGACCUGUCUCAAUCUGAGCAUAUCGCUUCUUGUGUGUCUCUAAAUCCAUACACGCCACCAACUAACCAAACACAGCAAAACAAAAAGGGAUCACCCAUUCUUCAUUCUAUUUGCUUUGCAUCGUCAGCUAAACCCACUUAUCAUGUCAACCGCCAAUCCUCCCUCUGCUCCCUUCAUCCCUACAAGCAGACUAUUAACUCAGGAUUUUUUUCCAGGCGACCAUGCAGCAUCUCACGGAUGCCCCCACAUAAAACCCUUCAAGAAGAGCGCAGAUAUUGUGGCCAAUUACCAGAUUCUAGUGCGAUACAGCCUUCACUAUAAGAAUCGUCAUGCUCUCGGCGUUCUUACUUCUUCGAAGGACAAAAAGCGUCCAAGGAACUCCGAGGAUAGCGUGCCGAAUGGGAAAGCAAUUCAACAGCUGCCUACGCCCGCUUGCCUCACAUGUGAUACCAUUCUAGGAAGAAUCCAUGCUUGCCUGCAUUGUGUAUUCGUCGGGUGCUGGAAGGGCGAGCAUUCUCAAAAGCAUUCAAAGGACUCGGGACACACAUUCUCUAUGGAAGUCAGUCGAUGUGGUCUGUACUGCAAUCACUGCAAGGAUUUCAUCUACGAUCGUGAUUUCGAAGGAGUUUAUAAUUCUGAACUUAUAAGGACUUCUGAAAUCAUUUCUAUGGUGCAAGAGCCAGGUCAGAAGCGACCAAGAUAUCUUAAGUGGCAUGCCGGCAAUAAAGAGGCUGCUGCGAUCAAGUCUGGCACAAAACUGAAGCCAUGUCAAGGACUCCGUGGCCUUCGCAACAUGGGUUCAACCUGUUUCAUGAACGUGAUUUUGCAGUGUUUUAUCCACAACCCACUGCUUCGAAGCUACUUUUUGAGUGAUCAGCAUAGUUCUAAGCGCUGCGAGGUCAAAGCAGAUUGUAUGGGAUGCGAAAUGGACCAGCUCUUCACACAAUUUUAUUCAGGUGUAAAGGCGCCCUAUGGUCCUUGCAGUUUCCUUCAUACAAUGUGGAUGUCCUCAUCGGAUCUCGCAGGAUAUGCUCAACAGGACGCUCAUGAGUUCUUUAUCAGUGCGCUUAACCAAAUCCAUGCAAAAUCGCCUAGCGCCAAGUUACACCACUGCAACUGCGUGAUCCACAAGACAUUUGCAGGACUUCUGCAGUCAGACGUCACAUGCAUGAAUUGUGCGAAUGUAACCACAGCUUUUGAUCCUAUCUUGGAUAUCUCUCUGGAUCUUCGGCCUACGAAGCGGAGCAAAUCUAACGGCAAUAAGGUUCGCGGAGGGAAUGAUGAGAAGAAUGAAGGGCCAAACUCUUUAGCUGACUGUCUCGACAGGUAUACGCAUCCAGAGAAAUUGGGCACAAACGAGUAUAAUUGCAGCAAAUGUGGGAAGAAUGGCCAGGACGCCACCAAGCAGCUCUCGAUUAAAGUGGUGCCUCCUGUCUUGAGUUUCCAGUUGAAACGGUUUGAACACUCUAUGGGCGCCUCCAAGAUUGAGACAAAGAUUAAAUUCCCUGCACAGCUUGAUAUGACGCAAUAUACGGCUGCUGCUCGUAAACUCAAAAAGAACAAGCUCUCAGCGUUGCAAAAGGCCAACGGAGUUUCAGGACCAGAGAGCUCUGGAAAUGGAAUAAUUGGGUCGACAGCAUCGUCAAUGAGCAUGAACAACGGAUUACUUGAUCCGAUCCCAACAUAUGUAUAUAAUCUCUUUGCAGUGAUCAAUCAUCAAGGAAAGAUGGACACAGGACACUAUACUGCAUUUGCGAAACAUCGAGGCGAGUGGUUCUCACUUGAUGAUCAUAAAGUAUCUCUGGCAAGCCAAAAAGAGGUUCUGGAUAGCAAGGCGUAUAUGCUAUUCUACGUUAAGCAAACAUUGGACUAUGACUUUGCCAAUGCAUUGAAAGACUAGUUAAAUUAUGAUAGGAGCAACUGCAGAAAAAAAGGAAAG